AUGGGUACCUCGUUAGCGAAGGAUGCCCGAGCACUACAACGCCAGAUUUCUACCUUGCACGCAGACUCGGAAGCCACGCUGAUCACAUACUCCAAGCUACUGCACAAGUACCCCGAAGACCGUCGCGCCUUGCUCGCACUGCUCGACGCGACCGCACAUAGCAUCAUCGAGGGGUGGAGGCUACGAGCGCUGGAUGACCACACGAACGCACGAGGAGCCUUCAAUAGCCUGGAGAAGGGUCGGUGGGUAGAAUUCGGCUGGCUUGAACUUGACAUCGCUUUCGCAUCGGUCUGGAUCGACAAACCAACCUUUCUAGUUCAACUGCGAGCGCUGCACGACAAGACCAAGCUCAACUGGAAAACAGCCGUUGGCCUCAUCGCAACUGCUAAGGGCAACGCUCGCGACGUCAAACCAAAACACAUCAAGCACGUACUAGAAGAAGCGCAAGCAACCGAGAGAAGCGUUACAGUCGCGCACAGAAAGACGGCUGUUUACGUUGAUCAGAGAGAAGUGUACGGGCCUGCGACUGGCGACUGCGAGGAGCAGGAAAGCAACGCAGAACAAGACGAAGACGGAGACGUAACGCUCGUAGAACACGACCCCCCGACGCAGAAAACCCCCGAUCAACCACCCAUCACCCAGUCUGAUCCCCCAAGCUGGGGCGAGGACGAAACGUGCUUAGACGACGGCAUUGUCCCGGUGAACGAGACCGGAAGGCAGCAUCUCCAACGUCAGCAUCUCGACGAGCAGCGUAUCGACCCGCAUCUUGUCACGAUGGCCACAAGCAAUGCACAAAGCGUACAGCCUGAAGAUCGGGUCGCGAUUGUGAAGCGCUGGAAGCAGGAACUGGAGGACAGUCGCGCGAAGGCAAGGCAGUCUCGGGAAGCCAAUGUUGCUGCCGGCGUACAUCUCGAGGAAACAACGAACAUAUCGAACCUGAACGCACGCAAACGAGUCGCGCGUGUCGCCUUUGGUAUACCAGAUGAUGAAAGUCAGAUGGGUGAUGAAGCCGCUCAAAUGACUAUGGCGGAUGCGACGGCCGAGCUGGAACGUACAUCUACGGCGUGGAAAGCCGAUCGUGAAGAGACUGCACGGAAGGAAGCAGAGUUUGUCGACAUCACGCGUGUAGUCCUCGAGGGGGUAUGA